AUGUCGCCUCAAAAAGGGAUCGCACUCAUCACAGGAUCUGCUCAGGGCAUCGGUCGCAGUAUCGCUCUGCGGCUUGCGAGGGAUGGGUUCGACAUUGCCUUGAAUGACCUUCCUAUGAAAAGUGACCAGCUCGCUGCCGUUGCUAGUGAAAUCGAGGCAUUGGGGCGCAAAGCAUGUAUCGUGAUCGCGGAUGUGACAAUCGAGGAGGAAGUCAAGAACAUGAUCAACGACACCGUAAAAGAGCUGAGCGGAUUGGAUGUGAUGGUCGCCAACGCUGGCAUUCCAGGAGCCAACACCGUCUUGGCAACCACUGUUGAAGACUGGGAGCGUACAUUCACCGUUAACGCCCGCGGAGUCUUCUUGUGUUAUAAACAUGCCGCAGUACAGAUGAUAUCUCAGGGCCGCGGCGGUAGGAUCAUUGGCGCAAGUUCAAUCGCCGGCAAGAUCGGAUUUCCAUCAGCUGCUGCAUACUGCGCUAGCAAGUUCGCUGUCCGCGGAUUGACGCAGACGGCUGCUCUUGAGCUUGGAAAAUAUAAUAUUACAGUCAACGCCUAUGCGCCAGGUGUCAUACAAACUCAGAUACUGGAUAGCAUUUCUGACCAAUCAGGGAAUAUGAGCCUGGCAGACGAAGAUUCGACGAAUUACCUUGCUCAGCUAAUCGGGAACCGGCCGAUCAAACACAAUGGCCAACCAGAGGAUGUUGCAAGCAUUGUCGGUUAUUUGGCAUCAAAAGAGGCGCAUUUCAUUACAGGGCAAUGCAUUUCUGUCGACGGAGGCAUCGUUUUGUCUUAG